AGAGCUGAGAGUGUGGCACGUAACGUUUGGUCGACUCCAACACCACCAAGCAGGAGAAAAUGAGGGGUGCAAUUGUUACAUCAUUAAGCUUCGGGCUUACUUUUGCUGUUGUUGGUCAUGCUUACUAUCAGAAAAAACAAUUUUACCCGUCAAUGGUGUAUCUAACAAAAUCAAAUGCAAGCAUGGCGGUAUUGUACUUACAAGCAUUGGUCUUUGUUGUACUAAUGGGAAAACUCUUCAAAAAAGUGUUUUUUGGCCAGUUACGAGAUGCUGAAAUGGAACACAUGAUUGAACGAUCCUGGUAUGCAGUGACAGAAACCUGUCUGGCAUUUACAGUAUUUCGUGAUGAUUUUAGUCCACGCUUUGUUGCCAUGUUCACUCUUCUUUUGUUCCUAAAAUGUUUCCAUUGGUUGGCUGAGGACAGGGUGGACUAUAUGGAAAGAAGCCCAGUGAUUUCCUGGAUAUUCCACAUUAGAGCCAUCAUGAUAAUGGUUGUUCUAAGCCUUCUUGACUUGUGGUUUAUUAACAAUGCAUACUACUAUACACUUACCAAAGGUGCCUCUGUUCAGCUUGUCUUUGGAUUUGAGUAUGCUAUCCUAUUGAGUGUUGUUGUAAAUGUUUUGUUCAAGUAUAUUCUGCGUUUCAUCAAGGUGCUAUUGUACACUGCAUUCAUGGCAAUCAUGAUCAAAGUGCACACAUUCCCAUUGUUUGCCAUUAGACCAAUGUACUUGGCAAUGAGAUCAUUCAAGAAAGCUGUUAAUGAUGUGGUGUUGUCAAGAAGAGCAAUCAGAAAUAUGAACACAUUAUAUCCAGAUGCAACCCCUGAGGAACUUGCAGCUGGUGAUAACGUGUGCAUUAUUUGUCGUGAGGAGAUGGCCACCAACUGUAAAAAGCUGCCGUGCAACCACAUCUUUCACACCAGUUGCCUACGAUCCUGGUUCCAGAGGCAGCAGUCUUGUCCAACGUGUCGUAUGGAUGUUUUACGGAUGCCUGCAGCACAACCACAACAAGCACAGACCCCACAGCCACAACAAAAUCCUAAUCCAAAUAUUCCUGGUAUGGUGCCUCCAUUUCCUGGCUUCCCAUUUUUCCCUAUGCAGCCUGGUCAGUUUCCACAUCCUGGCCAAUUCCCACAGCCAGCAAUGCCUUUCCCUCAACAACCACAGAAUACCACAGGUACUUCACAAGGUACACCCAGUACAGUGACAGGAGAGACUGGUGCAACUUCUACUGUGCUACCUGGAAAUCCAAUGUUUCCUGGAAUGAUGCCCCCUCCAUUUAUGAUUCCCCCACCUUUAAUGAUUCCACCAUUCGGUGUUCCGCCACCCAGACCCCCUCCAAACUUUCAAGGCUUGAAUGAUGAAGAAUUAAGAGCCAUGGAGGGUACGGAACGUUCGCAUAUGGAAGCAAGAAUCGAAUGCCUGCGCAGUAUACAUACAUUCCUUGAUGCAGCUAUGAUACAAAUUCAACAGUAUACAACAGUCAUGCAGAGCUUAGGAAUCAAUCUACCAGAAAGCAAUACUACAGCUCCGACUGCUACUGUAUCAUCAACUACUACAGUUACAACACCAGUAGUGUCUUCAACUUCUGAUACAACUCCGCAAAAUAAUGACAGUAUAAAUAACGAAGCAGCAGCAGCAACAAGUCCAGAUGAAGGAACUGAAAUUGAUGCAAAUGAAUUGGGUGCUACUGGAGGACAAGAAGAACCUGUACCUGAACUUAUAACCGAUGACUAUGAACCAGAAUUUGAAAUGACCCCUGGGGAACAUGACCAUCAAGAGAUACGACGGAGGAGAAUACAAAGAUUAUCAAGUGAACAAUUACAAACAGAUUCCACUUUAGAUUCAUCUGACAAUGUUGAUGAUUCUUCAUUAAAUUGAUAAUAGAAUUUUAAUUAAUUUUUCCUGUAAUAGUAAAUAUGAGGUGUUGUGACAAAGUGAGUCUUGUGGUACGCCAGGUCAAUUUGAUAUAUUCAAGAAAAUAUAUUUUGACAAAAAUUGUGUUUCAAUUUUUCUGAUAAGUUUAAUGUGUAUAUUUCAUAGUAGCAAAAUUUCCGAGUUGACUUACCUAAGGUAAUUAUGUUUUUGAGGCACAUUUUGUAAAGUUAUUUUUAAAAAUUAAUAGGAAAACCAACACAAAAUGUAUCAGUUGUUUAUGUUUAGGGACGAUUUUCUCGUAAGUAUGUUUUUAGACAUCUGAAUUUUAAAAUGAUCUUACUCCAGUUUUACUCAACCUAGGAACAUGAUUUAAAGACCAAAAUAAAGCUUAUAUAUUCAUCUAUCUAAAUAUAUCAAUAACUCAUUUUUUAUUUUUUUUUACCACAAGACAUAUUUUGUCACGACAGCUCACAAAUCAGUUAUGUGACAUAACAAUGUUGUCGGGUUAAAUCCAGAAGACUGUAUAUUUUGUUAAAACUAAUAUACAACUACUAUAGUGAAACAUAUUAGGUCUCCCUCGAAUUUAAGAUCGCGUUUGUGAGUGGAGUUUCCAUGGUUGUUAACAGCUUUUGUGUCUAAUUAGAAUGAUAAAGAUAAAAGACAUUUGUUAAUUUGGGACCACAGAAUAGUAGCUUUUAAUUGGUGGUCUUUAAUUUGAGGGGUCAUAAUUUAGAGGAAGACCUGUAUUUAAGAAAUUCUAAAUAUGUCUUUGUUUUCAUGUCACUUUUAAAAUUAAUUGAUCAGUUACUCCUUGCUUAUAUUGGAUUAAAUUACUAUAUUAGUUUUUAUUCCAUUCCUUUGUGAGAGAUUACGUUAUUCCAUAGCAUAUAUUUAUUUCCUGUACAGGAAUGUGGUAAUUAUAAUAAUAUAUUAAUUUAAUUUUUUAUGAUAGAAUAUGCAUAUUAUAAAUUUUUUUUGUGUUGAUUUUAUCAUGAGGUAUUUUUUUUUUAAAUUUUAUAAAUACUUCAAAUCAUAUUCUUAACCAUACUUCAUUAAUACCCGGAGAUACUCACUUGAUCUAACACAAAUACAUCAUCUCGAACGUCCUAUUUAAUUAUUUUUAUGCAGUAUUGUCUCGCAGACUUAUGGUAGUUGUUAUUUUUGCUUGAAUCCUAAUUGUUGCUUAGUUUAUCUGAAAUGGCAAUGUUGUUAGCUUAGAAUCAAAAGUCAUUCACCUGAGAAUUAAAAUGGAUUAGCCUCUGUUAAUUGGUCAAAAUUGUGAAUUAUUAUAUUUUCUUAAUGUGUAUGUUAUACACAGUAGUUGUAUUAAGCAUUUACUGUACUAAAUCUUAAUUUUCUUGUUUUGCAAGUGCAUAAAAGUUCAAAAAACUUGUGCCUAAUACUGAAAGUUCACCAUUAUUAUGUUGUUUUGGUAGUUCAAACUAUAAUUUGUCAAGACAUGGUGCAUUUUUAUUACACAAAUGUAUCUGCUUCAAACUGUUAAUCAUAAAUCUUGGGUUUUCCGUUGUAGUUUGUACAAAAAAUUGCAAUAAUGUGACAAAAGCAACUGCCAAUUCUCUACAAUAAUGAUCAGGGAAGAGUUAAAUUACAUUUCACUGUUCCCAGAUAAUGAUGGAGUUUAUUGUCACUGAUAUAAAGUUGGUCUUAUUGAUAAACCUUAAAAUUUAUGGCUGGAGUUGAAUGCUACACAAAAUAACUGUUUUUCCUUUUAGUUUCAAACAGCACUGAAUAUUUUUAGUUCAUGAAUUGUUUGAAAUUUGGCUGCAUCUAGAUCAGUCUGUGCUUCGUUAUGACGGUGUACAGACCAAUGUAUAUACAGAGAAAUUUAUAUGUGUGAAUGUAUUUGAAAUAUUUCAUCUGGUUUCAUUGUUUCAAUCAAGUAAUGAAUGUGAUUGUAUUAUUUCUGUUUUUAAUUCAUUAUUUAGUUAAUUGGCAAAGGAUUGCCAUUAGCAAAUGUAAUCACUGCCCUACUUAUUUCGCAGCCUCUCACAAGACAAACAAUACAGACAUAAGUUUAAUUAUAUGACCUAGGGACUGAAUUUGUUAUUGGUGGUUAGAAAAAUCCUGUAACAUUGUGACAAGAAUUGAAUACAUGACCCUGUGAUUAGAGGGCAUGCAUCUUUAACUGCCAACCUAAAAGUCUAGUCAUCAGACGUAAUUAAUCAGAAGUGUUACUCUAAAAUGAUAUUUUUUACAUCACUAAUUCUAACUGAAUGUUAUUGUCUGUAUGGAAUAGGUUAGGGCAAUUAUAUCCAUUGAAUAUCCAAUCAUAAUUAGGAAUUUGCUUAUUCACUGGUGUAAAAAUAGCCACUGCCUGUUGUAAUUUCGUGAUGUCAACAUGGCCGACAUGAUAGUGGGCUGAAUGUGGUACACAUGCACAGUUUAUUUUACUUAUUAGAUUGAGUUGAUGCUGUUGUUUUAACCAUGGUACUGACAAUAGUUUUCUUUCAAUUUUAGAACACCACCUAGAUGUGGUUUAUCAUUUUAUUCAGUAUUUGCUUUUUGAUUUUCUCAAAAUGUUUAUGAAUUAAUAUUUAUAUUUAUCACAA